AUGUCAAAAGGUACUCUGUAUGCCAACUUCCGCAUAAGAACCUGGGUCCCACGUGCACUGGUCCGUACGCUAGAACUGCCAGUCACAGUCGUCGAGCCAGAGAAAGAUGCAGCCACCUUUGCUCAAAAGUUCCCCUUAAAGAAAGUCCCCACCUUCAUAGACAGCGAAGGCCGUGUUUUGACCGAGUCCAUGGCCAUCAACUACUACCUGGUUCGCCUGUGCAAGGACACUGCGAAACAAGAUCAACUGUUGGGUAAGAACGACAAUCCCUUUGAACAAAGUCAAAUUGUCCAAUGGCAAUCGUUGGCCAACAGUGACUUGCUGAUGGAAAUGCUCAAUGCGUUUGGACCAUUACGUGGCGACAGGCCAUACGACAAGAAUGCUGUCGAGACUGCCAAGCAAAAAGUGGACCAGAUCGUGGCCGUGUUCGAGACCCGGCUGAGUCAGCACCAGUACCUUGUAGGUGGCCGGCUGACUUUGGCAGACCUGGUGGCCUGCGCAACCAUGACCCGUGGGUUCAAUUAUCUGUUUGGCAGAGAGUGGCGUGCAGCCCAUCCAGACCUGGUCCGCUGGUUCGAGCUUGUCAAGGCGAGCGAGAUUCUGAAGGAGGAAUACAAGGGCUUUGAGUAUAUCGAAGAAUGCUUGGAAGCGCCACGUUCGUAA